AUGCCGAAGAAACGAGCAGGCUCAGAAUCGGCAUGCCCACAGUACUCUCGAGCCUCAAAACGCCCGCGCGCCGAAACCGACCCUUCUACGAAAAUAGCAAGCAUUCCCAACGCAAAGGAAAUCCUCGACUCAUACAACCCCAGUAUUCAACGAGACCAUAAGGAUAUUGUGAAACCUGCCCUCUACGCAUUCCUGGAGUUUCUCCCAGAGGAUAGCAGACACGAGCUGAUCACGGGCAUAAAUAAGACGGGUGGUAACGAGGAAACCCUUUAUGGUGUUUUCGACAACCUGUAUACCGGGCUGAGAUCAAUAAGUGAGGGUUCUCGACCCAUUCUCGAAAACCACCGCUUAUGGGAUUACCCAGUGCUGUCUCGCUCAAGACGAUCGUCCGUUACCUCCCCAAUCUCGAAGCGAGAACAGCCAGAAGCACUUUCGACUUCCAUGCAUACACCCAUCACACGACAAGAGGAUUUCUAA